UCCGAACAGAUAAUCCGCCAUAAUCCGUACCUCCAGUAUCGCCUCUCACAUCACCCUAAUAAACAACUUGCCUAAGCCAACAUGCAAUACUUCCUCCUCCCUUCCAUCUCGUCUCAGCUCCCACCCAAACCUCUUUAUCUUCGUCUAUAAUCGCCUCUGGGCUUUCUAUUCAUCCCCUCCCCGGCCCAAGCGAAACCCGUCGACGUAGAAACCUGCAUCUUCUCCCCAGGGUUUCUCGUGUGCUCCACACAGCCUGCAGAUGCCAUCCGUAACGCCCUUCGAACCACCCAUGCUCUCCCCGAGUAAGAAGAGGAGGCAUGAUGACGACCCCAGCCAGGUGCAGGUGCAAUUAACAUCCCAACACGAGUCGACGAAUCUUCUAUCCGCUAUUAACAAUAAUGAACGCUUCAUAUUCCCCACAUCGGCCCGAGGCGCUGCUUCCCUGCUGAAUAUGCCUCGGAAGAUGAUACCUCUACCUGUGAACAAGAGAUUCCGGCUUGUUAACGACAACGAUGGACAUCUACAUUCGCAUAACUCCUACUCCCACGCGCACCCCGAGUCCCCGGCGCCUACACCAUCGCCACACCACACUAAACUAGGCACAAGUCUCAGAAUAGGGCCCUCCAACUCACAAUCCCUCUUAAGUCCCUGCCAUAUCUGCCACCGGAAACCCACCAAGAAAUCCGACCUGGACUCCUUCGCCGACUGCCUCGGCUGCGGACAGCGGUCCUGUUUCGUGUGCCUGCGCGCGUGUCGGAGCUGGCUCGCAUCCUCAGAAGAAGAUGACGACAGCCUAUCUGCGUCCUUCACCAUGCAGGAUGUAGAUGACAUCACCUCCGAGUCCUCCCCCGAGGCGAACCAGAAACAAAGAAACGGAGGCGGUACCGGGCCUGACUCGAGCUGGAUCGGCCGCGGCCAUCGGGAGCUGAUCUGUAGCCGGUGUUGCGUGGAGCGCGGGGCUGAAGGCGACGUUGUAUGUUUGGGAUGCUUGGCCGGCAUGGAGGGGGCGUAGGAUGCCUCGACUGACGAGCAAGAGCAAGACCAAGAGCAACAUUAAUUAAUCCACUCACCAUUCAGACGAAACUACCACCCCAACACCCGACACCAGGUACGAUAUCCGUGCGAGCUUGGAAGGAGGGAAAUAAUAUAGUUCGGUACCGGGCGGGACGGAACUAGGGAGGGCCCUAUCUGGAGGGCUCGCGGAAACUUAAGGCAUGGUCACGGCGCUAUGGGGGACAUGACAUCGCAUCGCAUCGCAACUUAUUUUAGCAUAUGAAGUAUUUUAGCAUAUGACUUCGCGAAGAUAUCAUUCAUAUCCGCAAGCUGCGGGUGCGUUUUAUUAUUACUUAGCCGUGAAAGAGGAAGAGAAGAGAGAAGCGUACAUAGCAUGCUUGCUUGGGGUUUGGUACCUUACCUUACCUACCCUACUGUAAUUUAGAAUAAUUUAGUGCCUAGCUUAGGAAGUUGGUCGAGUAGCACGGCCGACUAGGCGGGACGGAACGGGAUGGGAUGGGACGGGUCGGGAUAGGGCUGUUUGUAUCGGCGCCCGCACAUCAUGUAACUAGUAGACACGCACGAAACAAGACGACUUUGAUGACGACG